GGGGAGCUCGAGGCAGAGGGCUGCCGGGGAGCGGGGAGCGGUGGGGACGCUGGGCCGCGGGCGCCUCAGCGAUGUUUUACUCAGGACUCCUCACCGAGGGCGGCCGCAAGGAGACGGACAUGCGGGAGGCGGCGUCGCUGCGGCAGCAGCGCCGGAUGAAGCAGGCCGUGCAGUUCAUCCACAAGGACUCGGCCGACCUGCUGCCCUUGGACGGCCUCAAGAAGCUGGGCUCGUCCAAGGACACGCAACCUCAUAACAUUCUGCAGAGGCGCCUCAUGGAGACCAACCUGUCUAAGCUCCGAAGCGGUCGUGUCCCUUGGGCCUCCAAGACCAACAAACUCAAUCAGGCCAAGUCUGAGGGGCUAAAGAAGUCUGAGGAUGACGACAUGAUUUUGGUUUCUUGCCAGUGUGCUGGAAAGGAUGUGAAAGCCAUGGUUGACACAGGCUGUCAAUAUAAUCUCAUCUCUUCAGCCUGUGUGGACAGACUGGGACUCAAGGAGCACGUCAGAUCUCACAAGCAUGAAGGAGAGCUGCUUUCUCUGCCCCGGCACCUGAAAGUAGUGGGCCAGAUUGAGCACCUGGUCAUCACGCUGGGCUCCCUCCGCCUGGACUGCCCCGCAGCUGUGGUUGAGGACAAUGAGAAAAACUUGUCCCUUGGUCUCCAGACUCUCCGAUCCCUGAAGUGCAUCAUAAACUUGGAUAAGCACCGGCUGAUCAUGGGGAAGACAGACAAGGAAGAAAUCCCUUUUGUGGAGACAGUUUCCUUGAAUGAAGACAACACUUCAGAAGCGUAACUACAGCCUGCAGCAUGUCUGCACGUGUGCACACAUACCAGGUUGACAGAUUGAGAAAACUGGGUUUGAACCAAAUGCAGUAGCAACUUGCUGUGGACCAAGUCCUCCCCUCUAAUAGAAGCUCCAGGGGCUCCUUCCCACCCAGACCUCUCUAGACUUUAGUCUGUGCUUAGAGAUCUUGUCUGGUUAUAGCCAUUGUUUUUUACUCCUUUGAUCACUUAAUUUAUAGACCUUUUUGACACUGCCAGGUCUCACUUGUGGCCUAUUUCUCUGCUUCUUCAAGGAAUUUGCUUUUAUUAGUCAAGUACAGGGGCUGCCAGGUUCUAUUUCUCCAUAGAUACACUUGCUUCUUUUCCUAUAGCUAAAAUGUAUAGUAAACAAGAACCUGACCUUUACCUCUUUUCACCUGUUUCAAAGAGAUGCGGGGCACCUAUGGCUCAGAAUUAGAAUUUCUUCUAAUUCAUUCAUUGAUUUCUCAAGUAUGAAUUGCUCUGAAAGAGCCCAGAGAGAUCAUCUAGUCCAACCCUUUCAUUUAAGGGCCAGAGAGGCAAGUGAAUUGUCUAAGCUCACAUACUGAGUCAGUGGCAGAGGGGACCUAGAACUCAGACCUGACAAGCCAGGCCAAGGCCAUGUUCAUUCUCAUUUGUCGUGUCAAGCCUUGAGAGGAGGACGAAGAGGUGAAGGUUUGUAAAAAGGCAGGGUAGGGGAAGGAUAUUCUUUGGGGAUGGAUGCUAGAGGAUCCCUCCUGUGUGCUAAGCCCACUAAGGUCCCCUGACCCAAACUGUCACAUUUAGAUGCUUAUCUUGGUGCCUAAAAGCUAUGGGUAUAAAGAUGAAUGAGGUGGCUUCUCACCUUGAACUUCUUGGAGGGGAGGAGGAGGAAGGAAUCACAGACAGAAGAACAUUAAGCACUCUCUGAGACAGAAUUGAAGGCUUCAGUAAAUAAUCUGGGCAUCAUUGUCAGACACUGGACCCCCCCAAGAUCGAGUCAGUAUUUCUGCCUAGCUUGUUAUUUGUCUGCCUCGGACUCAAGUAGCUGGGAACAGGAGUAGGGAGAGGAAAUGAUGAAAAAACCGAGAGCAGGUCCAAAAUAGAAAGAAUCAGUUGGUGGGAAGGCCUGCUACCUAGGGAAACAUUUCUGGGAUGGAGGUCAAGAAUGGAACUUCCUGGCAGGGAACCGAGGGUUGGGAGACUCUUCAGCUCUGUCCUGGUGUAAGCAAAGAGGCGGGCCAGGAGCUGGUAGUGUUAAGGACAACUUUUUCUGACUCCUCAGUAUUUCUUGACCCCUCUCAAAGAGGUCACGGGGUUUCUUGAAGCCUUUCUGUUGGGGUGUCAGUUGGGCAUAUAGAUACCUGUAAUGGAAUCUCCCCUUCAGUAUGGUCAGAGAUGUGCUCAGAGAAGUCAGAAAAAUAGCCAGCUGUGGGUGUCCCUUUAAGAGAUUCUUAAGUCUACCCUUGGUUCAUAGAAGUAGUUCCUCAAGUAUUUAAUUAUCCUACGUCAAACUUUGCCAGGUUCCACCAACAGUCUUGUCUAGUGUUCAGCUACUGUCUCUACCAAACAAUUCUUUGGAACUCUGAAUGUUUUUAGCUUUUCAGAAGUUCCCUAAAGACUAGGAAUUUGGUGAUGUGACCCCCGUUUGAACAGCUAGGCAACCGUACUGUAGCCAGUUGUCACUGGGACAACCUCAGGCCCCCUUCUUAUCAGCCUCUAUACAGAAAGCAAGAUGGAAAACUAAGCACAGCCACAGUAGGGGAGGCCACAUCUGAAGCUCAGCAGGGGUGAUUCCAUGUUACCAGCCUUUAGUGCCCCCUCAGACUACCCCCAUUUUCUUAUAUGGGGGCAACUGCACCUUUCCAUUGAGUCCUCUCUGCUCUCCUCCCUUACCUAUCAUGGUACCACUUUGGCCUGCUUCUUAUCCUAGGACUGAGUUGAAAUACUUUACGUCUUCCUUCCCUAGUUGAAAGUUCCACUCUGAACCUUGACUCUUGGCCACAAGUGAGGCACGUUAGAAGUUCCUUGGCCUGGUUUAUCCUUAUUUGGAUUCCUUGUGGAUCAAGUAAGGCCAGGAGUUCUCAGGUGCUAGAGAGAUGCCUCUGAUUCUGACUCUUUGAGUUCAGGAUUAUAUGGCAUCGGGGCGGGGGUGGGAGGGGGGGGAUCAGAUGGCCUUCAGUGAUCUUUCUGGCCUCUGAGAAUCAGUCAGUGAUUUUCCAGUUUUGGAAUAGAGACAGUUGGGUGGUCUGAGCUUAGGGUAUCAUAAUCUCACUCCAUGCAGUCAGAUCAUUUUAAUUCACUAACUGAGUAAUUAUACUUUAAACCUCAGGCUUGAUAGAGGUACCUUAAAAUGUCUAAAGAUAAUUAUGGGAAGUCUUGAGCUUCAUUAAUCUUCUUUAAAUGCUGCCAAGUUGAUUACUCUGAUAGCCCUUAUCUCCUUGAUAUUCAUGAGGAAGAACUGGGUCCACUUUUCUGGAGCUGGCUAGGUAAGCAGGUAAGGUCAGUUCUUCCCAGAAUCCUAGAAAAUUCUCUCUGGUACCUCUGAUUGAGGAUGUGGGAAGAGAGUGUCUACCCAGGUCCCAGUUCUGAAGACAGGCAGUAGCAAGAAGUAACCCUGUAGAACUGUAACCCUCUCAUUCCUUACUAGAUGUCCAAAUAAAAUACAGGGAGUUUGGAAAAUAUUGUUUUUGUCGUUUGGUAUUUCUAUGCCUGACUUAUUUGAGAAACAAAUGUUUUCUGACGUUUCUAUUUCCUUGCCCUGCACAGACCCUACCUGGUAAGGCUUUCUGUCCCUUAGCUCAAAAUGUCUGUAGGUGGAUUGCUUGGUACAUCAGCUGCCUUUACUCUUGUGUAAUAGAAAUAUCUUUCCAGGCUGGGCACAUGGAGGAGAUGAACUGGAUUCCUCCCUCCUUCUGUUGCCAGGACUCUGCAUUGGCUCUUUAUCUGCUCAGUGUUUCUGGCUGUGUUCGGUUUAUUUGUGAGAUUAAUGUAACAAUAAAGUGAAAUCUUCCCCUC